CUUGUGAUGCAUCCGCCGGGGGCCGCUCACACUCGUUUAUACGUCGAGCUGAGCGCCCGAUACGAAUUGGCCCGCGAGUUUCUCCCGCUUUUUGUUGGAAAUUCUUGUGUAAAAUUAUGUUUUGUGCGGCGCUGACAAGUGCUCAGGGAUGAGCCGCCGUCAAAGUCACUGUUUUGUGCCUGGCUGCACGACUGGCUACAAAUCGUACAAAAAGAAAUUGUCGCUCUUCGGGGUACCUAAAGACCAGGAGACGCACCGAAAGUGGCAGCGCAACAUCCCUCUAGCCGACAAGCCACUCGAACGAAAUGCCGCUGUGUGCGAACUGCAUUUCGAUCCGCAGUUUGUGUCGCGUCACUUUGAACACAUCAUCAAUGGUGAGCUGGUGCGCCUGGAAAGGGGCAGGCCAUUUCUACAGCCGGAUGCGAUACCGACGAUUUUUCCAAACGUUCCCAAGUACCUCUCCAAGCCAGUGCCCAAGAAAAGGAAUCCGAAAGAAAGGUUAGACCCACAGUUUGCGCCUCCACAGAAAAAAUCGCGAAUCGACGUGUCCUCACCUGACACAUCGGAUGAAACACCCAUGCUUGCCGCCGACUCUGUGGAUUACCAAAAUGUGAUCAUGCCGUCCAAUCAGUGGGGUAAGCACGUUUUUUCUGAAAGUCCCCUUUUGGUCGCCUAUAGCGUCUGCCUACCGGGGCCAAACAUGAGCUUGCUUCAUGCCCAAAAGCUUGUGCUGUUUCGUGGCGGGGACAGCAUGAUCGAACACCAAGUGUUUGUACGUGGUGUAGAGCUGUCACUUGAUGAGCACUGCGAUCCUGCAUCCCUCCUACAGGCUGUUGACAGCAUGCAGCUCUGCUCUGGCGCAGUGCGGUCGGUGGAGUUCCCUCUUGCGCGCAGCUCCAACAUGACAACGUGGAAUGAAGGCCUCUACCACACGAAGUGCAAGGGGGUGGUAAGUGGCCCUGAAAAGUGCUGCAUCGCAUGCAAGUACCUCAGAAGGCUACUGCUCAACCAGAGGUGUCGAGCUAGGCAGCUAAAGCGUAAAAAAAAUUACGCCAGGAAGCUAAAGGCAAGGACCCAAGCUACGGUGCGCCGCCUAAGAGCCAAAGCGAAAAUCGUGGCGGGGACAGCAUGA